AUGAUUGAAACGUUUUGGUUUCUGGGGUGGCAUGGGAACAACGCAAUUAAUGAAGGGCAAGCUCAUGAAGCUCCAAACAUGGACUUCAUGCUUCCAUUUCGGUGCUAUUGUACUCGCAAACGAGUACAAUGUGAGACUGUUGUGCUGGAGGAUCAAGAUGUGGCCGAGGCAUUACUUGACUACAUCUCCCGCAAUGGCAUUGAGUUUAUUGUUCUUGGUGCUACCGCUACAUCCAGGAUUGGGUUUUCUAGGCGUCUGUUCAAGGCAUCUGAGUCUAUUCCAGGCAGAGUCCUAAAGUUGGCACCACAUUUCUGCUCUGUAUACACCAUCAAACAAGGUAGGGUAUGCGAAGGGCGCGAAGCCUCUCGUCCUCUACCAAACAUUCGAGCAGCUGAUGAGAGGGCAGAAGAAUCUAAUCACGUAGGCAGAGCUCCAAGCAACAGAGCAUAUGAUGAGGUCUCAUUGCCUGACAAUGACAUCUCGUUUGGAAGACCAAGUACUGAUAGCAUAUCUUUUUACCAAAAUUUUGGGUCUGCUGAUAUGAGCCGAGUUCUUUCAGAAUCCUCAAAUUACUUGGAGAGUAUUGCAAAACUAGAAUCAGAUUUCGGCAGUUUCGAUUUGAACAUUCCACAUGAACUGUCAUCAAAUGCCCAAGGAAUGCCAUUCCUGUCACAGAAAGUAUUGGAUGAAAUGGAAGAUGAGAUGAAAAGGCUUAGAUUGGAGCAGAAGCAAACGAUGGAAAUGUACCAUGCAGCCUGCAAAGAAGCAGUGGCAGCAAAACAGAAGGCUAUUGAGCUGGAAGAGUGGAAAAUGAAAGAAGGGCAAAGACUAGAAGAUACACGACGUGCCCUAGAAGCAACUCUGGCAGCUAUGGAGAAGGAAAGAGCCAACUCUAAGGCAACAAUUUUGGCAGCUGAUGGCGGAGCAGCUGAGCGGUUUGCUGAGAAAGAGUUGCAAAGGACCAUAAAUGCAGAUCAGAUCUUCAAAGCUCUAAGAGAGGCUAAUGAUGAAGAGAAGAAAAGGGUUUUGGAUGCUUUAGAAAGAGAAAUGAGAAGAGGACAAGCACAAAACAGCGUAGAUACGGUGGCAGUGGCAAUAGACAAGGACAAAUCAAGUCAAUAUGCUAUCAAAUGGACAGUUGAAAAUAUUCUCACCAGGGGCCAAGCUCUCACACUGCUCCAUGUUAAACACAGAACUGCAGUUUCCAGCCAAACCAGGGGCAUGGUUCCUAUAUCUGAAGUUACAGAGGAGGCUUCAAAAGCGCACAAAAGCCAACUUGAAGCUCAAGCCAACGAGUUGUUUCUACCGUUCCGCUGCUUUUGCGCAAAAAAGGAUCUAAAAUGCAAUGAAGUCAUAAUUGAGGAUACAAAUACAGCAAAAGCACUGGUUAACUAUGUUAUCAAUAAUUCAAUUGACAUUUUGGUACUUGGCGCACCAGCAAGACACGGCCUUCUCAGAUUCAGAACUACGGACGUUCCAAGCACCGUGUCAAAAGAGGCACCGGAUUUCUGCACUGUGUAUGUCAUUGGCAAAGGAAAGGUCUCAUCUAUGCAUUGUGCUACCAGAACAUUGCCCCGUAAAGCUUCCUCACAUAAUCAAAUACAGGACCAACCCAGCAAAGUUUUUGAAUCAAAUGAUACAUUCAAUCGCAACCAGCAUCCUAGAGCAUCAGCGAGGACUAAGUAUCCACCCCGUAGUAUACUAGAUGGCAUUGAAAUCAGGUCGCCAUUCACAAGAGCAACAGCUUCAAAUAACAAAUCAUAUGAGCUCUCGUCAGAGACCGAUAUAUCAUUCGUGAGUAGUGGAAGGCCAAGUGUGGAUAAAUUGUUUCCUUCUUUCUAUGAUGGUCUGGAAUCAGGACCUCGGAGUUCAAUCAGCUCAGAUAUGGACACCAUAAGCUCUACAUCAUCUUACUCAGGACACAAGUUCAUUGACAUGAACUCUUUACAACACGAAUUCUCAUCCUCCUCAAUUGAAAGUGAAAAUUCAUGGUCAUCACGGAAUAUGGAUGAAAUGGAAGCUGAAAUGAGGAGGCUCAGGCUAGAGCUCAAGCAAACGAUGGACAUGUACAGUACAGCCUGCAAGGAGGCACUCACGGCAAAACAGAAGGCAAUGGAACUUCAACAAUGGAAAUUGGAAGAAGAACGGAGAUUACACGAGGCACAAAUAGCUGAGGAAGCUGCAUUGGCACUUGCAGAUGAGCAGAAAAUAAAAUGUAUGGCAGCCAUGGAGGCUGCAGAAUCAGCUCAAAGGAUUGCAUUACUGGAAGCACAGAAAAGGAGGAAUGCAGAAAUGAAAGCCCUUAGAGAAACUGAGAGGAAGAAGGCAUUAGAAGCAAAAACAUAUGAUUUCAUGUACAGGAAAUACACAAUUGAGGAGAUCGAAGUAGCAACAAAUAAUUUUUCAAACGUAAACAAGAUUGGGGAAGGAGGCUAUGGGCCAGUAUACAGAGGUGAACUAGACCACACACCAGUGGCAAUAAAAGUUCUAUGUCCUGACGCAGCUCAAGGACGGUCACAGUUCCAGCAAGAGGUUCAAGUAUUGAGUUGCAUGCGCCAUCCAAACAUGGUUCUCCUUCUUGGAGCCUGCCCAGAGUAUGGUUGCCUGGUCUAUGAGUACAUGGCUAAUGGAAGCUUAGAAGACCGUCUCUUCCGGCGAGGUAACACCCCAGUUAUUCCUUGGCAACUAAGGUUCCAUAUAGCUGCAGAAAUUGGCACCGGCCUUUUGUUCCUUCAUCAUACCAAGCCAGAACCCCUUGUACACCGUGACCUGAAACCCGGAAACAUUUUGCUAGACCAUCACUAUGUGAGCAAGAUCAGUGAUGUUGGUUUGGCCAGGCUAGUCCCUCCAUCAGUAGCCGAUUCAGUCACUCAAUAUCAUAUGACAUCAACAGCCGGAACAUUCUGUUAUAUAGACCCAGAGUAUCAGCAAACUGGGAUGCUUGGAAUCAAAUCUGAUAUCUACUCACUUGGGGUCAUGUUUCUACAACUAAUAACAGCCAAGCCACCAAUGGGUUUGACUCAUCAUGUUCAGCGGGCUAUGGAGAACGGGACUUUCCAAGAGAUGCUUGACCCUGCUGUUCCUGACUGGCCAGUUGAGGAAGCCUUAAAGUUUGCCAAGAUAGCUUUACAAUGUGCCGAAAUGAGGCGUAAAGACAGACCGGAUCUUGGAAAUGUUGUGCUACCUGAGCUGAACAGAUUGAGAAAACUAGCCGAAGAUAACAAGACGUGUGGCAUCAUCGGUGGUGGUGAAGAAUUUUCACCAAGUCAUGGCCCCAUUUCCACAAUACAAGAUGUUAUAAGUGACGUUGAGCUACCACAGUCUGGAUACUAUAGCUCAAGCUCAAGGAGGAGUUCAAGGGCAUCAUCUAAUUAUGGAAGAAACUAAUACUUUCCCUAAAAAUACAGCUUUUCAACUUCUUCCAGGUUUAAUCCAAUUUGAUCCAAACCUGCCCAUAGAUUGUUUAGGAAAUU